AUGACGUCAUGGUUCGCGGGCUCGUCCGCGGGUAAGUUCUUUGGCCUCGGCGCGGGCGGCGUCCUCUCGUCGUACGUCGCCUACACCCGCUCGGAGACGCAUCGCGAGAGACCCCCCGAGAGUCGCGCCGCGAGGAAGGCGCGCGGGCGCGAGGCGGCGCAGAGGACUCCCGCCAUGUUCGGCCGCGCGGUCGCGGUGUCGCCCGCGUCCGCCGUCAUGGAGGGUGUCACGAACUCGACGGCGCUCCCUCUCCCCGCCGACGGUGCCGCGACGGAGACGGAGGAGAUGACCGUGACGCGAAGAUCGGUCCAGGUGCUCGCGUCGGAGGACGAGACCCCGACGUCCUCCUCCACCUCCGAGCCCCCGCGCUCGGCGAUCCGACGCAAGCACGAGGGACGCUACAGUCAUCGCGGCGGCGACGACCGCGCGCGAGGGGGUAAGUUCGCCAGCUUUGGCCACACCGCGGCGUCCAUCGCGGCGCCGUUCAUCCUCUCCGCGCUGAAAGAUCUGCUCUCGCGGCGGUGGCGCCGGCUUCGACGCAAGGACGCGGACGUCCGGCGGAUGGAACGGCUCCGCGAGCUGCUCCUGGCGCUCGAGAACUCCGGCCACGCGCUCGCCGUGCCCAUCGCCGAGGAGCUCGAGCGGCUCGUGACGGAACGCGACGACGCGUUGAAGGAGCUCGAGGAGCGCAAGCGGCGGAGACGGCGGAGCCCGUUCGGCGGCGACGCCCGCGAGGCGGCGGACCAACCCGCUCAAAAGAGCUCGCCCAUCGACCUCGCGGUGGACGUGAGUUUGCGCACCAGGGCCGCGGUGGCGCGGGUGCGGGACCUGCUCACCCCACAAGGGAAAGGAAAGAAGAAGCGUCCCUCCUUAUUCAGCCCCGGCGCCACCCCGGCUAAGGGCGCGGCGAACCUGGACUCUGCGAACGCGUCCCCGGAGAACGACCAGGCUCUUUUGACGACGAUGGGCGGGUCAUCCGACGCCAAGGCUGUCGCGGACCUCGAUCGAACCGUCGGGUUUCAGGCGAGGGAGCUGCGGUACCUGCGCAUGACGCUCAAGGAGAAGGAGAGGAAGAUUGGGAACCUGACCAAACGGCUGAAGGCGGCGGUGGACGAAUCCGGGUCCCUCGAGGCGGACAGCGCCGGGAGCUCACCCGCGAGCGACGACGCGCCCAACCUAGACGGCCUCGACUGGAACGUCGUCGCCCCGAGGAUCGUGGGGUUUCCCCGGACGGGGAUCCCUCCCGAAACGCCGGGCGCCGACUCGGACGACGAGCUUUCGCGGCAGAUGCGGAGGAUGAGGCGACGGCCAAACUUUGCGCUCGUCACGCCGGCGCCCAACAUGGCCGGGAAAAACUCGGACGAGGCGCGACUGAGGCGCGCCAAGUCGAGGGUGGGACGGAUCUCUCCGACCGGGAAGCGCGUCGCUUGGGUCGCCGUGGACUCACCGUGAGCGAAGCGUUGACCUGCGCGUGCUUGUUUGCAAAUUGGAUUGCAAUUUCAAUGAAUGUCAUCACACCCCC